UAAAUAUGAUCCUGGUCUCCAUACAAACUCCCUAAAGAAGAAUAGAGUCAAUUGUUUAAUAUAUGUUAUAUGGGACACAUACUGUAUGUGAAUGAUGGUUCACAUUUUCACACUAUAUUCAACUUCAAACACUUUUUUCCCCCACAAUCAAAUAGUUGAAUGCCAACUGUAUUGAAUAUGUGACAUCAUGUGUUCCGGUCAGUUCAUUGUGCCUUGGUUUUCCUGCAGGUCUUUGAAUGCCAUCCUUCACUUCAGUGCCUUGAGUGGAGGCUCUUAAUUGUGUAUCUAUGGUCAGAUAUGGAGGACUAAUCAUUUUUUGUGAAGCCAGUGCCCCUUCAGAGGACAUGCACCCGAGGUUUAUUAUACCGUUUGACUGCUUCAAGACAAACGGGAGCACAGGGAUGCUCCAAAACACUCACCCACACACAAAAAAGGCUGAGCUGGAGCACCUGUCAGUCAAUCAUCCUCUCCAGGAGAGUCAAAUUACUUACAGUCUGUUAAACUGUGAUAUGGAGGUCUCCGGUUGGUUUGAAAUUAAUAACAUUUUGUUCCCCCAUUUCAGAAACGGACACAACACAAAUGUAUCAUCACUUGGCUAAGGAGUUCUGCAGCAUCCCCUGAAGGAUCCUUUUUUAUUUUUUUUUCUUCCAGUUUCUAUUUAGAAAUUCUGUGAGCUCAAAACCUUAAAGUACAACAUAUAAGACACCCACACAGUCCUGACCUGUUUAUGCAGUAUAAAGUUGAUAGGUUGUCAGGCCCCCAGCGAAAAGGCCCAGAAUGGAGCGAGCUAUCCUUUAAAUUGCCCGGGUGAUAUUUGCAGAUAAUAAAAGAAAUAAAUCAGACAUUGGAGCUGAAUAUUUCAUUUGUUAUCCAUAUUCCUUAUGGGCGAAAAAAAAUGAUAUAGAAAUGUAAAAACAGCAAUUCCACUUCACCCCCUCUGGAAUUGUAACACUUGAGAUGCUGUUUUCAUGUCUGAAGACAAAGUGCAUGCUUUCCCUCAGCCUGCAACAGAUAAAUCUAAUAGGCAGCCCGAAUUACUGGUUGUAAUGUUGUGUAGUCUUAACCUAGACGGCUCUUUCACUAUUUUUAUUUCUGUCAAUCUCUCAAACUAAUGGAUACUCCGCAGAAAUAGCUGGGGACUUACGUUCUAUUUAUAGAUUUAUAGAAUGUAGUGCAAGGCCGAAAAGAGGUUAAACUAUAGCACAUUUUUUUACAGCAUGAAAACUCAGAUUUGAUGACUGCUAUUACAUCAUUUUACCUUGUAUUGCGUGUAAAGGAAACUAAAGCGUUUAUGCUGCAUUUUCUAUUUAUUUUUUUAUCAUCCCUAGGAGCUGUCCUUUUAUAUGUAAAUACAGGAUGUGCCACAAGUUACAUUUUUAUGUCUGCGUCCCCAUUGUUCACUCAAUUUAAUUUCACCUCAUCAUUACAUUAAUAAGAUGUUUUUCACCCUGUAGGUCCCACACUGUGAAACACAGUGUCCUGCUGCUACUGUAUGAUGAGUCUUUUGCACCAUGAGGCCCAGAGCAUAUCGCUCAUCACUGCUGCCGUUAUACAUUAUGUGUCUGAGCUGACACCUCAGACCUCCCACAACCCCUGGGAAAUAAAGAAGGUGUCCUUGUGUGACCGACUGUGCCCGCCUAUGGACCUGUGCUAACCUGUAUGCGCGAGUCUGUGAGGUUGUGGUUCAAGCGACAAUAAAACAAGAUAGUAAGCAUCUGCCACCGCUGACUUAUACGAUGACAACUCCAGGAAUUGACCUGCAGAUCCACCGAAGGCCCAUGGGAAUGUAUUCAUCCUGCAAACUGUUCAUGGAGGACAUGUCCCCUCAUGAAACACCAGCAGGGCUCCAAUGAUGAACCUGCCCGCCUGCCUGAUGAUCUUGUACUCCCGAGCACUGAGACCUCCAGUUUCCUGCCAUGGUGUUUACUCUGAGACGGCCAGCAGAGGAAGGAGAGGGGAUCCAUUUGUCCCAAGAUCUAUAGAGGCCUAUAGCAGCCGGCUCAUUCAUUACAUGCACCAUGCGUCCUGUCAGACGUACAGAUGGGCAGGACACUUUCGCACAAAAGGGGAUAUCCAGAGUGACCUUGGUGAUCCCUUGCACGUGCACAAGCUGUCCUACCAUCUGUUUCAUUUCUGCCUUCCACAUGAGCCAGCCAAGCCUUACCUCCCCACCAGGAUGAAGAAAGAAAAGAAAACAAAUGCUUUACUGUUUCUCCUCCUGCUUCAUUUCACCUUUGGGCAAUUGGACUAUGCUCCGUACUUUUAUGAUAAUGGACCCAGCAGCACCAGUGGGAAUAUGGCCUUUUUCAGCAUCUCCGAGGACACGCCAGUUGGUGCGCACAUAUACGUCCUGAACGGCACAGAUCCAGAGGGUGACUCGGUGCGAUACGGUCUGACUUUUGAGAUGGGCUCCACAGAAUAUUUCAGGGUGGAAUCCAAGUCCGGAAACGUGACUCUAAUUCAGGAGCUCGACAGGGAGAAACAAGAUGAAGUCGCAGUGCUCGUGAGCAUAACAGAUGGUCGAAAUAAAGUUGUUGAGACCGUGAGAGUGUUUGUCACUGACGCCAAUGAUGAAGCUCCUGAAUUUCAAAACCCGCCUUUCACCAUUGAUGUCCCAGAAGACACCACUCCAGGAAAUAGCAUCUACAGAGUUCAAGCAUUAGAUAAGGAUUUGGGCUCAGGAGGCAGCGUCUCGUAUCAUCUACAGACUUCCUCAUUUGCCAAGUUCAUCAUCGAUGGGAACAGUGGGAUCCUCAGAGUCAAACCAGGCGAGACUCUGGACUACGAGACCACGCCAACGCAUUUUGUGACAGUGGUUGCAAAGGAUGGAGGAGGAAAAUACAAAGGGAAGCAUCAGGUGUUGACCUCCACUGCCACCAUCACAGUGAAUGUCAUCGAUGCUCAGGACAUGCCUCCCUCCUUUAUUGGAACCCCUUACUUUGGCUACGUCUAUGAAGUUUCAGUGCCUGGCUCUGAAAUAUUUACUGUGUAUGCUAAAGAUGGAGAUCAAGACAGUCCUCACCCCAUACACUAUUCCAUCAUGAAUGGCAGUGAUGGCGUCUUUGACAUCAACAGCACCAGCGGAUGCAUCACCCUGACAACUUAUCCAUCUCUGCUGAAGAACGAAUUAUAUGAAAUUAUAGUCAAGGCGUCUGAGGUCGGACCAAACGAGCAGCUGUUGGACUUUGACGUCACCACGAUGACUGUCCGGGUGGUGGAUCUCAACAACCACCCGCCAACCUUUUAUGGAGAAAACGGACCACAGAGCAAGUUCGAGGUGACCAUGUACGAGCAUCCACCUGCGGGAGAAAUCCUCCGCGGCUUUAAGAUCACCGUCAAUGACUCCGACCAGGGAGCUAAUGCUAAAUUUAAACUGAGGCUUGUGGGACCGAGUCGAGUGCUGCGAGUGGUUCCCCAGACUGUUCUCAACGAAGCUCAGGUGACCAUCAUUGUGGAGGACACAUCUGGCAUCGACUAUGAAAAAGGAACAACUCUGGCUUUUAAGCUGCUGGCGGUGGAGAUCGACACUCCUGAGCACUUCAGUGCGACGGCGGACAUCCUGAUCAACCUGCUGGACACGAACGACAACACGCCCAAAUUCACGUCCGACUUUUACAUGGCCAGAGUCCCUGAGAACUCCCCCGGAGGUUCCAGCGUUGUCUCUGUGACGGCUCAUGAUCCAGAUUCAGGACCUUGGGGUGAAGUCAAAUACACAAUUUAUGGAUCAGGAUCAGAUUUGUUUGCCAUCAGCCCGUCGUCGGGCCUCAUCUCCACGCGGCCGUGGACCAGCCUGGACGCCGAGGUCCGAUCCAAAUACAACUUUUACGUCAAGGCUGAGGAUUCGGAGGGGAAGUACAGUCUGGCUGAAGUCUUCGUCACCGUCCUCGACAUGAACGACCACCCUCCGGAAUUUGACAGUGAACUCCUGGAGAAGACGAUGAUCAUUGGCGCGCCAGUCAGAGUGGAGGCAAUGGACGACGAUGCAGAGUCUCCGAACAACGUCAUCGAGUACCACAUCAUGACGGCCGAUCCUGACAACGCGUUUGACAUCAACACUGACACCGGCGAGAUCAACCUGAAGCCGUACAUCAAGUCCAUGGAGAUCGUGCAGAACAUCACCAAGCUGAAGGACUGCAAGUGGUCUCUGGUGGUCCAGGCGCGCGACCGAGGUUCUCCGUCCUUCAGCACGACCGCCGUGGUCAACAUCGACAUCACUGAGGCGACGCCUCUCAAGGGGCCUAUGGCGGCCUUUUUAAUGAAAAGUAGGGACAAUCCGAUGAAAGCUUUAGGCAUGGUCACGGUUAUCGUUAGCGUGUUGGUAGGGGUGACUGUCUUGAUCUCUACGGCUAUGUACAUGCGCAACUCAAAGUCCAACAGGAUCAUGCCCGUGCGUCGCGUCAUCAAGAGGCGACAGAGGGACCAGCAGCCCUGGACCUUCAAGAUGCCUCUCAUCAAGUUCUAUAACCCUUCGGACAAGUUCCUCAUCGGCGACCCAGAGAGUCCUCAGCGGGACGGCAGCAACCCUAGGACAAAACCCUCACCCCCCAGCGCUCCUUGUCUUCCCCCUCCACCACCAUCAAACAUGCGGGCCAGUGAGAGGCCCCGCGCGGUCCCAACAAUAUCUGGUACACUGGCCUCCAAAGGCUCCAAGAAAGCGAAAUCAAAUCGGCGAAAAGAAGGAAACAUCAGCUCUGCUUUAGUGUCCGAGCUCAAAAUGAAGCUGGAGCAGAAAAUCAUUGAGAGCAACCAGGGUUAUUACUGUUAGACACACGUGGUGUCAGGUUGCAGUCCAUGCUCUGACGACUCUGCCGCUCUUAACCUCAUCUGUCGUCCGAGAGUUAGUACCGGAAGCUCUGAGUGGACAUCACAUCACUCAUGAGUUAAUGCUUAAAAAAAAACAAAAAACGGGAAGGUUUACAAAUAUUUAUGUCUUAAGGUGAGAUAUAAAACGAGGAGGGUCCACUGCAUCCUCAGCUGACCUGGCUCAGAUAAAGAGAGGAGAGAGCUCUGAGAGUCUGCCACUGGUGCAGUCCUACAUCAUUCUCAACACUGCCAUCUUGAGGAGGGAUGACGUCAUCCUAAUAGUAAGAAGCACCACUGUAAAUUACCCAGGGAGAGGAUAACAAAGACUUCACUGUCUACACAAGUUACAUUACUCUCUGGAAAGUGUAAUACUGGACACUUUAUCAUCACAGAAAAAGAGAUUCAUUCGAUAAAUCUUGAACUACAAAUCUUGAAAUAUCGCAGGUGACAAACACGCUGCUUGUUAUGAAGUGCUAAAGGACCCGUCCGUGUGUUAUAUGAUAUUUUUACUGUGUUACUUCAGCCGCUCGAGAGCUGAGGCGUUGCUCUUUUUGUAUGAUUACAAAUUAUGUGCCACUGUCGCUUUUCACAGUAACACAAGCGGAGAUUGCUUCUGUUCGUCUGACUGCGUGUUUGUAGAGUUUAAAUGCUUUUAUAUAUUUUACACGCAGAGGUGCAGCACUGUAUUAUUUUCAUCAUUGUGAAUAUACAUACAGUAUAUGAAAAUACACACACUCAUUUCCAGUGUAUCAAAUUGGAUAUUAAUGAAGUAUAUAUAAGUGGUCAUAAAACCUUUUUAUUUUUCAAGCUCAGAUUGUAAAUAACUUGCUUGAACAUUAUCUUUUAGAGAGAUAUUUAAAUAUAGAGUCUGUGUUUAGGGUCCACACACAUUCUCCAAUGCCUUCAAAUGUAGGCACAUUGAUUAACUGUAAUACUCAUUAAUUGUCUUAGAUAAGUUGAGACAAAUGAUAUAUCUUAUGAACUCUAGUGAUAUCUUUGUAUUG